UCGACAGCCUGCCCUCCGGAUCGGGCCUCAUGACCUCCGGAGGCCUGCUCUUGUUGCUGCUGCUGGCGCUCGCCGGGGCCGCGCAGCAACCCCCAGAGGUCCCGCUCUCAGGGCCCAACGUGUGCAGGAGUAAAACCAUUUCCUAUUGCUGCCCAGGAUGGACCAGAAAGCCAAACACCGGAUUUUGUGCAGUUCCAAUUUGCACGCGAUCUUGUGGCCGAAGCGGUCAGUGCAUCAAGCCAAACGUUUGCAUGUGCGACGGUGGCCAAUUGGCCACCUCGUGCUACAACUACGGCCAAAACAAUCACAACAACAGAGGCUACUCCAACGGCAACCAGCUUUCAUAUCUACCGCAAUUCCAAUCGGGCACCAGAAACGGAGAGCAGCUGAGCAUUGAUUACCAGAAUAGGCGCCGAGAGAAUGGCGACGGCUGUGCUUACCCUUGCCUCAACGGAGGCACCUGCGUCAAAGGACGAUGCGUCUGCAGGCUUGGUUACGUCGGUGAAUACUGUGGAGAACCCGUUUGCAGGGAGCCAUGUCUCAACGGUGGGCGCUGCAUCGGGCCAGACCGGUGUGCGUGCGUGUACGGGUAUACAGGGCGGCGGUGCGAGGCCGACUACCGCACCGGGCCCUGCUUCAUGCGCAUCCGCAACGACAUGUGCCAGGGCCAAUUGCCGGGCGUGGUGUGCACCAAGCAACUGUGCUGCGCCACCGUCGGCCGCGCCUGGGGACACCCUUGCGAGCACUGUCCCGACCAGCUGGACUGCGACCACGGCUUUCUCAAGAACGUGCACUCGGGCGAGUGCGUCGACAUCGACGAGUGCGAGGCCAUUCCUGCACUGUGCGGCAACGGCGGCAAGUGCGUCAACAACAUCGGCUCAUUUACCUGCGAGUGCCCUGAGGGAUUGGCGCGCAACCCCGACAACAACAACUGCGAGGACCUGAACGAGUGCGACGACGCCAGCACGUGCCAGGACGGCAGCUGCCACAACACGGACGGCAGCUACUAUUGCAUCUGCAACCACGGAUUUAUCCCCGCGCAGGACAGGAAGAGCUGCAUAGAUGCUCGUCAGGGCUCUUGCUACACAUCCCUAAGCAACUUUGGACAGUGCAGAAAUAGGUUGACGAUGCGACUGAGCAAAAAAGACUGCUGCUGCGGUAUGAACAUGGGCAAAGGUUGGGGGGAGGACUGUGAGAUAUGCCCGUCAAACGGCACCAACGGAUUCCGACGGCUCUGCGGGGACAGCCUGCCGCCGGUCAACGAGUGUGUGCUCAGGCCCAACAUCUGCGGCCAGGGCCAGUGCGUCGACACUCCCGAGGGAUACAGCUGCGAAUGUCACGCGGGGAACACAUUAAAAAAUGGCAUCUGUGAGGAUAUUGACGAGUGCCAGCUCAACUAUUGUCAGGGGGGCCGUUGCAUCAACACACCUGGAAGUUUCACGUGUAAGUGCAACCCGGGCUUCGACGUCUCGUCGGACGGCCGUCACUGCACUGACCACGACGAAUGCGCAGAGCGUGGCAUGUGCGCCAACGGUAGGUGCACUAACAUGAACGGUUCGUUCAAGUGCCACUGCAACCCCGGCUUCAUCCUUUCGCAAACGGGACACGCGUGCGUUGAUGUGGACGAGUGUUACGAGAACCCACGCAUCUGCCUGAAUGGCCGCUGCGAGAACACGCCCGGUAGUUACAAAUGCAAGUGCAGGGACGGCUUCACCAUUUCUCCGGACGGCGCCUACUGCACGGACACGGACGAGUGCUCCGGCGCCGGCAUGUGCGCCAACGGCCGCUGCGUCAACAUGGACGGCAGCUACAAGUGCGUCUGCGACUCGGGCUUCAAGCUGAGCCUGGACGGCUCGCGCUGCGAGGACCAUGACGAGUGCCAGUCCAGCCCGUGCAAGAACGGCCGUUGCGUCAACACCGUGGGCUCGUUCCGCUGCGAGUGCUCCGAGGGCUUCUUCCUCGGCGUGGACGGCCGCUCGUGCCUUGAGACGAGACGCGAUCUCUGCUACUCUUCCUACAGGGACGGCGUCUGCUCCAAUCCGUCGCUGGUGCCGGUACCCAAGUCGAGCUGCUGCUGCUGUACCGUCAUGGUUGGCCAGCCCAUGGGUUGGGGAACUCCAUGCACGGCUUGUCCGCAGCCAGGCACCAAGGACUUUGACUCACUGUGUCCCUAUGGACCGGGCCUCACCUACGGAGGAAUAGACAUCAAUGAAUGCGCACAAAACCCUGGCAUUUGCGGCAACGGUGCGUGCGAGAACCUGAACGGCACCUACCGCUGCCAUUGCCACCCUGGCUACGAGCUGGAUGCCAGUGGCAAAAGGUGCGUUGACGUGGACGAAUGCAGUUUGCCGGACAUGUGCAACGGCGGCCAAUGCAAAAACACGAACGGCAGCAUGCAGUGCAUCUGCCCGACAGGCUCCAAAAUGAACCAGAUCACGCACGCCUGCGAGGACAUAGACGAGUGCCGCGAAACGCCAGACGCCUGCAUCAACGGCGUGUGCGUCAACCUCAUCGGCUCGUUCCGCUGCGACUGCGACCUCAACUCGGUUCUGGACAACACCGGACGCAUUUGCAUCGACAACAGGCGAGGUUCAUGCUGGACCAAAAUGGUGAACGGUCAAUGCGAGAACAACCUGGUGCGGCCGACGCUUCGUUCCGAGUGCUGCUGCACGGUCGGUCUGGCGUGGGGUAGCCCAUGUGAGGCCUGCGACACCGAGAUGUGCGACUGCCAGCGCGGCUACGCGAAGCUCGAUGGAAAAACGUGCAUCGACGUCAACGAGUGCGAACUGGAGCCUGGAAUCUGUAAAGGUGGAGGCGAGUGUGUCAAUACGGACGGCUCGUUUGUUUGCAAGUGUCCGGCCGGACUGACCCUUGACUCGAGCAAGCGCCGUUGCAUCGACCAGCGUGAGGAGCCGUGCUUCCUCGAGUACCACCACGGCACCUGUGGCAGGCAGCUGGAGGGUCUGUACAACAAGAACAAGUGCUGCUGCUCGGUCGGUAAGGCGUGGGGGGCCACUUGUGAGUCCUGUCCGCGCCAGGGCACCCAGGCCUACGUGGACCUCUGUCCGAAGGGGCCCGGCUUUUACGAGAGGCGAGAUGUGAACGAGUGCGCGUUCCCAGGGAUGUGCGAAAACGGCCGGUGCAAGAACACGGUCGGGUCCUUCACGUGCAGGUGCAACCAGGGCUUUGCGAUCGAUGAAAACGGAGUCAAGUGUAUUGAUAUUGACGAGUGCAGUAUCAUGCACGGUGUUUGCGGAAAUGGAACCUGUCGCAACACACCAGGCAAUUUUAAGUGCGAUUGCAACGAAGGAUUUGAAAGCACGGCUCUAAUGCAAGUUUGCAUGGACAUCAACGAAUGCGAAAGGAGGCCGGGUCUGUGUAGAGGAGGUACUUGCAAAAACACUCCUGGAAGUUUCGAGUGCGUUUGCCCGCCGGGACAUGAACUUGCCCCCGACAGACUCUCUUGCAAAGACAUUGAUGAGUGCUCACGAACAAGUGGAAUCUGUUCUAAUGGUGUUUGUGAAAACAUGAUGGGAACCUAUCAAUGCAUCUGCAACGAUGGCUACAAGCAGACAGGACUCAAGUCGCACUGUGAAGAUGUUGACGAAUGCGAGGUGAACAAUGGGGGAUGUCAGGAUCAGUGUGUCAACACCAUGGGCAGCUUUAACUGUGCCUGCGGAGAAGGUUUUGUCCUAUCGCCGGAUGGCCGUUCUUGCAUGGACGUGGACGAAUGUCGCGAAAACUCGCGUAUUUGCAACGGUGGAAAGUGCACCAAUUCCAUCGGCAGUUAUCGUUGCACCUGCACAGAGGGGUUGCUGGCCAACCCCGACGGCUCGUCGUGCUCGGACGUGAACGAGUGUGAAAUGGAGCCAGGGAUGUGUCUGCAGGGCACCUGCGAGAACACGAUGGGCUCGUACAUGUGCCAGUGCCAGCCGGGCUAUUCAGUCAAGCCAAAUGAGGUGGGCUGCACCGACGAGGAUGAGUGUCUGCUGGGCUACAACGACUGUGACGAAAACGCUGAAUGCACUAAUAAUAUGGGCUCUUACGAGUGCAAGUGCCGCGACGGCUUCACCGGCAACGGCUUCAGCUGCCGCGACAUCAACGAGUGCCUGGUCAACAACGGCGGCUGCGACUCGAAUGCGCAGUGCAUCAACACCGAGGGCUCGUUCAAGUGUGCUUGUGACCAGGGGUUCAGGGGCAACGGCUUCUCGUGUCAGGACAUCGACGAGUGCUCGGACGACCCGAAUCUGUGCGAGAACGGCCAGUGCCUCAACUUCGCGGGCUCGUUCCGUUGCGAGUGCGACAUGGGGUUUAUGAACCCCGAGCAUGGCAACGAGCAGAUGUGCAUAGACAUCGACGAGUGCAGGAUGUUCAACAACCUCUGCGUGUAUGGCCAAUGCGUCAACUUCGUCGGCAUGUUCCGCUGCGAGUGCAACGAGGGCUACCAGGUGGACAGCAGCGGUGGCAACUGUACAGACCGCGAUGAGUGCAACUCUCCACAGGCGUGUUUAUACGGCACGUGUGUCAACACCGACGGCGCCUUUGAGUGCCACUGCCCGCCGAACCACGACCUGAUCGAGUCCGGCAACGGGUGUGUGGACAGAAGGGAAGAGUCCUGCUACUUGGACGUGGAGACAGUGCCCGGAGGACGGGGCCGCGACCGCUGCACCAUGCCACUGAGUAAAUCGGUUACCAAAGCAACGUGCUGUUGCUCCAACGCGGGAAAAGGCUGGGGAUCGCGAUGCGAGAGGUGUCCCGAGCCGGGCACAGAGGAGUUCGACCAGCUCUGUCCUGGUGGAAAGGGGUACAGGCCUAACCCAGUUACGGUCGUGUUGGAAGAUAUUAAUGAAUGCGCGGAAAUGGACAAACUCUGUGGAAAUGGUCAUUGCACGAAUACGUUCGGCGGAUUUAUGUGUUCUUGCGGAGAUGGCUACAGAUUGGAGCAUGAUGGUAGCAUGUGCGUUGACGUUGAUGAGUGCAAAGACAGCGCUGAAAUCUGCGGCGUUGGGCGAUGCGACAACGACAUCGGUUCGUACCGCUGCGAAUGCCCUGAUGGAUAUAUGAUCUCGCCAAGUGGAAAGGAGUGCAUCGACAUGCGCAAGGAAAAUUGCUACAUGACAUUCAACCACUCAGACAACCAGUGCUACAAGCCGAUGAGCGAGAGCAUCACUCGAAAGGUGUGCUGCUGCUCCAUGGGCCAGGGCUGGGGCAAUCCGUGCCAACAGUGCCCCAGGCAGGGUACCAGGGACUACCUGAUGCUGUGCGGCCCCUAUCCAGGCAUGGUCAUUGAUCCAAUGACCAACAUCACCAAGAUCAUCGAUAUGUGCAAGCUGAUGCCUAACAUGUGUCAGCAUGGCAAGUGUAUUAACAUGCCUGGCAGCAUGGAGUGCGACUGUGACAGCGGAUAUAUUUACGAUGAAAAUGCUCAUCAAUGUAUAGAUGAAAAUGAGUGCAACCGCUAUCCUAGUCCUUGCAGGGGAAACUCCGAGUGCAUCAACGCUCCUGGCAGUUUCUAUUGCCAAUGUCCAACGGGCUACAAGCUGAGCAUUAAUGAAAGAGACUGCGAAGACGUGGACGAGUGCAGGGAAAGGACUGACAUCUGCCAGAAUGGCGAGUGUACUAACUACCAGGGCAGCUUCCAGUGUCUCUGUCAUCCUGGAUACACGUUGAUGCAAAAUCGGCACUCAUGCGUGGACAUCGACGAGUGCCAACGCCAGGCCACCAUAUGUAGCAAUGGAAACUGCGUCAACACCAAUGGCAGCUACAAAUGUUUGUGCAACCAGGGCUUCAAGGUCAGCCCAGACAAUAUUUGCGAAGACAUUGAUGAGUGCAGACUGCACCCUCACUUCUGUCGGAACGGCAGGUGCAAAAACACCAUUGGCUCCUUCACUUGUGAGUGUGCUGAUGGAUACACCUUGAGUGCAGACGGGCAGAACUGCAGAGACAUUGAUGAGUGUGUUGAGGUCCCUGGCACCUGUCCGCUUCCAGGCACGUGCCAGAACAUCAUGGGUCACUACGUCUGCCAGUGUCCUCCUGGCUAUGAGCUGGCGGCCGACAAGAACAGCUGCAUCGACGUGGAUGAGUGCUUGGCCAAUAUUGGAAUUUGCGACGGUGGCAUCUGUGAAAAUCUUCCUGGCGAGUUUAAAUGUAUCUGUCCCGAGGGCCACAUGGUGAGUCACAACGGCAUGAAGUGCGUGGAUACUAGGACGGAGCAGUGUUACGACUCGUACCGAAGGGGACAGUGUAGCAAGGGCAGAGACACUUUCCAAACCAGAAAGCAAUGUUGCUGCACCAUGGGAAAGGCGUGGGGCCGCUAUUGCGAAGAGUGUCCGCGGCACGGCUCAAGGGAGUUUGAAGCACUGUGUCCAGGUGGAAUCGGCAGAAAUGAUGUCGGAGAUGACCUGGACGAAUGCAAGCACAUGAGUAAUGCUUGUGAAAAUGGCGAAUGUAUCAACACAGAUGGCUCGUAUAGAUGCGAGUGCGCCCAAGGCUACAAACUGGAUGCCUCAGGAAAGCGGUGUAUUGAUGACAAUGAAUGUGAGUCGGGCAAUAUCUGCGGAAAUGGCACUUGUUCCAACUCUGUCGGCGGUUUCGAGUGUCAGUGCUCGGAGGGCUUCACGCCUGGCGCGAUGCAGAUUUGUGAGGAUAUCAACGAGUGUCUCGAGUCAGACGUGCACCAAUGUGCCUUCCGCUGCCACAAUACGCCUGGCUCCUUCCGCUGCCUGUGUCCGUUUGGCUACAAACUCGCCGACGACGGCCGACACUGCGAGGACAUGGAUGAGUGCAACACCCCGGCAAACAACUGCAAAUUCAUGUGCAAGAAUCUCAUUGGGUCGUUUAGGUGUAUCUGCCCGCCUGGAUACCAGCAAAUGGGCCACAUAGACGACUGCAGGGACAUCAACGAGUGCGCUCUCACUCCAGGUCUGUGCCAGAAUGGCUACUGCAUCAACGACGAGGGUGGAUACCACUGCGAAUGCCACCACGGCUUUAAAACUAGUUCCGACGGAAAAUCGUGCCAAGAUCAUCGAAUCGGCGCUUGCUAUCGACACCUGAAGAACGGCCGGUGCGUGCAUAGUGACAACCUUCCUCAGGUGACCAGGUCAGCCUGCUGCUGCACGAUGGGUGUGGCAUGGGGUCCUGCGUGUCAGCCUUGUCCUAUUGUUGGUUCCGACGAGUAUAGCCAGCUGUGUACUGCGAGUGGCUACCACCCUGACGGCACAGAUAUCGAUGAGUGUAGCACCCUGCCAGAUUUGUGUAGGAACGGACAGUGCGUCAACACACUGGGCUCGUACAGGUGCAUCUGCAACAAAGGGUACAAGCUGGACGGAUCUUCAAACACCAGAUGCGUUGAUAUUAAUGAGUGCGACAACAACCCAUGCAAAUUCUCAUGCAAAAACACAGAAGGCAGCUUUGUGUGUUCAUGCGCACCAGGAUAUGUGCUUAACCCUGAUGGAGUGAGCUGCCGAGACUUGGACGAGUGCGCCACUGGCAGACAUAUUUGCCAGCACGAGUGCGUUAACACCCCUGGAAGCUAUGACUGCACCUGCAGAAAGGGAUACAGACAAACAGGAGACAGGUGUUUGGAUAUCGAUGAAUGUGCCGAACCUGGAGUUUGUCCGCCACCUGGAACUUGCAUUAACACAAUGGGAAGCUUCAGGUGCAUCUGUCCUAAGGGACUCAAGCUGGACUCGAGCGGAAAAUUCUGUGGGGACACUGACGAGUGCGCUAAGGAUCCGUCAAAGUGUCAACAUGGUUGUCAGAACCUGUUUGGAAAUUAUCAAUGCGGCUGCCCUGACGGUUACCUACAGAACGCUCUGCACAAGCAGUGCGUGGAUGAAAACGAGUGCCAACGCAAUCCAUGUGCCCCUGGCACCACUUGCAUCAACACCAUCGGCUCCUUCCGCUGCGGCUGCCCUGACAGCUACCAGCUUGACCCAACCCUCUCGCUUUGCAUUCAGAUGGCUGCCGGCUGCAUGAACAGUCCUUGUGCCUUUGGCUGCCAGGCGACAAGUGGAAAUCACUACACAUGCAGCUGCCCAUCAGGCUACUACAGAAUUGGACAGGGUCACUGCAUGACAACAAUCAAUCCGCCUUCAAACGGCUACCCAAGGUCACCAUCUUUCGGUCCAGACAUCGAUCUUGGAGUCCCAACCUACCCUAUUGACGUGCCUGAGCCGUAUGUAGACCCCAAUUCGCGGGUUAUUUCGACAGAGGGCUGCUUCUCUUGCAAUCUGAAUGGUUUCAACGGCAAGGGAGGAAGUCGACACAGAAGGUCAGGAAAGAAUAAGACACUGACUCAUCAUUCUUCACAUGACAGUAGAAGAUCUUGGAACAAACAUAUUAUCAGGAAGAGAAGUGUCCACAUGUCUAAGCUGGCAGAGCAUUUGGCAGCCGACCAGCAGGUCUUUUUAAAAUUGAAACUCUCGCAGACCAAGCACAGGAUGCGAAUCCUCAAGCUGCAGCCUGCAGUCACUCACUCAAAGCGAUAUAUCAAGUACAACGUAAUUAAGGGCAACGAGCACGGUCUGUUCGAAAUGGUGCCGCGGCACGGCGUGUGGGCGCUGCACUUCAAGCGGAAAAUGAAAAAGCCCGGCGUGUUCGACCUGGAGAUCCAGGGCGACCACUACAGCCCUGCGCACCCCAACAGCGCCCUUUCCUCCAAGUGGGAGCAGCCCCUGGCGCUGCGGGUGCGCCUCGUGGUAACCGCCUCCUAAAGACUCACUGCCGCCCCCAGCAGGGCCCCCAGGAUGAGACCAAUCUAGUUAUUGUAUCAUUUUGAAAACACAAAAUCUCCCACUAACGCGAGAACCGCGACGAUCACUAUAUGUAUGGUAUUUAAUUCGAAUUAAGCGGCGGAAAUUUGCCGCUCGCUGCCUUCGCCUUGCGCAAGUCGCACUGAUUUCGUUCGGACGCAGCUGAUUCUGCGGCUCCCGCGGCCUCUGAGCGAGCUGCGAAAUCAACAUGUGCCACUUUAUUACUCUCUGUGUUCCAAGUACUUAAAAGUAUUAAGUUUUCUUUUUAAGUAUGUUUCGUAAUUAAUUCUAGCCUAAUUAUUAGAGUCACUCCUCUAUUUACAAUAUGCCAAAAUAGCCAAAUUGCUUGGAAAACAAUAGUUGAAAAUUAGGAACUCGUUAAUUUUAUCAUUAAAUCACUGGUUAAGGACUGUAAAUUUGUAACAAGUGCCAGAUUUUAUAACCCUUGUGAAACGCGAGAGAUGAUGCUUGUACUUGUAGAACUUCCCCUGAUUUGUAGACAAAGUGCAUUUAAAUAAAGCUUAAGUACUCAUUGUUA